ACCCCUAUAAUCAUGACCCCUCGAAAACAGAGGCAUGCCCAGUCUUUUGCAUCUGUAGUCACUGUACCAACCAACGCCCAAUAAAUAACAUAGACCUCAAUACCCACGAUCUGUAGUGUUUGUUCAGUAUCAAACAUUUAUUAGAAUGGCGAAUAAAAACUCGAUCAUCAAUGUCGUGUGUUUACUAUUAUUGUCUAUAGUGAUAGACACUAACGCGAUUCGCUGCUAUCAGUGUAGCAGUGAUACUGACCCCAAAGGAGAAGAUUUGUGCGGGGCCUACAACAAAUUUAACAAAGAUAAAAAUAUUGCCAUUGAAUGUAACAGCGAGGAAUCUCAUAUGCCUGGAACGUUUUGUGUCAAAGUAACUCAUCAAAGUCCUCGUGGUUUCAUUUGGGACGGUAGAUGGCGACAGGUAAUACGUCGAUGCGCUUCUGUAUCCAGUACCGGCGUCACGGGUGUUUGUAAUUGGGGAGUACUUCCAAACGGAGUAUAUUGGGAAGAAUGUUCUUGUGCCGAAGAUUCGUGUAAUGAAGCAUCAACUUUAUCGUCCUUCUCGAUAAUGAGAAUUUUACUUUUGCUUGCUACUUUCAUAUGUAUACAAUUCUUUACACGAAUAUAGAGCUGAAUGUAAGCAAAUUAUAAGUAAGGUCAAUGCAUUUGCUACAAAUGCAUUGUGAUCAUUACAUGAGGUGAAUAAUUCCGUCCAUAACAGUAAAGUUUAACAUACUAAAUAAGAAGUUAUUUGUAAAAUUAUUUUUUAGAAUUAUACAUAAGCGCGUAUCCAUUUCAGAUGAAUUUUAUACAAAUCGAUUUUAAAAGCAUAAUGACAAAUAAUGCAGUUUUUUGUAAAUAAAAGUUUGCACUGUAA